AUGGACUCUUCAAAGUAUACCUACGAAGACUACACCAUCGGCUGGGUCUGCGCCCUGCCGAACGAGCAGGCAGCCGCAAUGUUCAUGCUCGACGAGAGACACGAGGACCUCCCCAACCCAUCAGGCGAUUACAACGCGUACACCCUCGGAAGCAUCGGCAAACACAAGGUUGUCAUUGCCGGCCUACCCAAGGGCAGAUACGGCAACACCAGCUCAGCAACAGUGGCAACGCGCAUGGUGUCCACGUUUCCCAACAUCAAGUUCGGCUUGAUGGUGGGCGUCGGCGGUGGCAUUCCCCAGAAAACCCGCCUCGGAGACGUGGUCAUCAGCUGUCCUACUGCCUCGGAGCCGGGCGUUGUCCAGUGGGAUAUGGGCAGAGCAGAGCACAGCGGCAACUUCAGGAGAACUGGGUCGUUGGCUCCUCCGCCAACGUCUUUGCUCACAGCCUUGGGAAAGUUUGAAGCCGAUCAGAUGGCUUCGCGCACAAAGAUGCUCGGGUACCUGGAUGAUAUGAGAUGGAUGCCGAACGUUCGGAAAAGCUUCUUAAAGUCAGAUUCGCUCAAGGACGUCCUGUACAAGUCGGAAUACAGCCAUGUUGAGGGAGACGAUUGCACCCACUGCGACCCGAGGAUGGUGGUUGAUAGAGAGCCGAGAGAAGAGGACUUGGUGAUUCACUGCGGUCUCAUUGCAUCGGGCAACCAAGUCAUCAAGGACGCCAUGCUUCGCGAUAGCCUCUAUCGGAAGUUUGAUGAGAACCUCUUGUGCAUUGAGAUGGAGGCUGCGGGGCUGAUGAACGAGUUUCCCUGUAUCGUCAUCCGAGGGAUCUGCGACUAUGCCGAUUCUCACAAGAACAGAAAGUGGCAAGACUAUGCCGCAGCAGUUGCAUCAGCGUGUGCAAAGGCGUAUCUGACAGUGGUGCCGGCGGGCGAGGUUGAUAAGCUUCAACGAGUUCAAGGCAGGUUGACAUUUGGAAGAUCCCUCUUGGUAGAUGUGUGCCCUUGCUAA